GACUACCCAGGAAUGCUGAAGAGCAGCUGCAGUGGGGGGAGGCUUGGCGGGGCGAGUCAUGGAUCUCCCGACCUUUCUGCUUUGGCUACUCGCCAGUGGGGCCUCCGGGGCCAGUCCAGGUCGGUUCUGGCACAUCUCUGACUUGCACCUGGACCCGGACUACCAAGUCUCCCAGGACCCACUCCAGGUGUGCCCGUCUGCGGGCUCCCAGCCGGUCCCCAACGCGGGCAAGUGGGGGAACUACCUGUGCGAUGCCCCCUGGGCCCUGCUCAACUCCUCCAUCCACGCCAUGCGGGACAUCCUGCCCCAGCCGGACUUCAUCCUCUGGACGGGCGAUGACACCCCUCACGUUCCUGACGAGAAACUGGGGGAAGAAGCCGUGCUGAAGAUAGUGGAAAACUUAACCAAUCUCAUCCGGGAGGUAUUUCCAGGGACCAAGGUCUACCCAGCUAUGGGAAACCACGACUUCCACCCAAAGAACCAGUUGCCCGCGGGCCCGAGCCGCAUCUACGACCGUGUGGCCGACCUGUGGCAGCCAUGGCUGCUGAAUGAAUCCAUCCCUUCAUUCAGAGCCGGUGCGUUCUACUCCGAGCGGCUGACUGGGCCGGGAGCCGCGGGGCGGAUGGUGGUCCUCAACACCAACCUGUACUACAACAAGAACCAGCAGACGGAGGGUCUGGGGGAUCCGGGGGACCAGUUCCGGUGGCUGGACGAGUUGCUGACCAACGCGUCGCGCCGCGGGGAGAAGGUGUUCAUUGCCGGUCACGUCCCCCCCGGUUACUUUGAGAAGAAGCGGAGCCAGGCCUGGUUCCGGGAGCCCUUCAGCCAGCGCUACGUGGAACUGGUCCGGAAGCACCACGGUGUCAUCGCCGGCCAGUUCUUUGGCCACCACCACACCGACAGCUUCCGGAUGUUUUACGACCUUGAAGGGGUCCCUAUCGGCGUGAUGUUUCUGACGCCUGGAGUCACUCCCUGGAAAACCACGCUGCCGGGCGUGGAUAACGGUGCCAACAAUCCCGCGAUCCGUGUGUGGGAAUACGACCGUGCCACCCUGCAGCUGCAGGACACAGUGACCUACUACUUCAACCUGACGCAGUCGGCCGCGGGGUCGCCGCCACGGUGGGAGGAGGAGUACCGUCUGACGCGGGCCUACCGGGUGCGGGACGCCUCUCCGCCCUCCAUGCAGACCGUGCUCGAGCGGAUCACCGACGACGACCAGCACCUGCAGUGCUACUACAGGUUCAACUCGGUCAGCUACGCUAUGACGCCCUGCGACGCCGGCUGCCGCGUUGACCACAUCUGUGCCAUCCGCGAGGUGGACCCUGCCCGCUACGAGGACUGCGUGGGGGUGGCCGGCGCGGCCUUCUCCCCGCCGGACUGGGCCCUGCUUCCCCUAGCCCUCCUGGUCAGCCUGCUGGUCUGAGCCCCGGCACCACCCUGGCCGCUCCACACCGACGGGCUACGGGUAGGCGAGACUGAAGGGCAGGGACCCGGGGUGCCAGGGAAGUCCUCGGGAUGGGACGCCCCUCAAUAAACAGAUGAGGAAAACGGG